UAUUUGUGAAGGAUAUGAAGGAUAUAAAUAUGACAAAAUACCAGUGGUCCCUUUAUCACAUUUGUAUGUCUCCUGUUAUGUAAUUUUAUGAUCAUAAUGGCCAUUGUUUUUGCUGCAAACAUGAGCACUGGUAAAGGAUCUGACAGAUGUAAUGUGUGUUGACAAAAUAUAUAAUUUUUUAAUUCUUUAAAUCAUCAAAGAGUUUAUAUAUUCUCAACUGAAGAUUCUUAACCAAAGAACUAACCUUUUGUGUAUGAGAAAAGAAAGAUCAUCAAAGUCUGUAUGAAAAAAAAGAUAUAACAAGCAUCAACUAUAAGACAAAUAUACAGAAUGUUUGCUAUGCAAUGUAGUAAGUGAUGUUAAUCAGUUGAGUCAUGCCUCUGUUAUCAACCAUUGUCCUUUUUUGGUUACGUAAAACGAGUAUACACUCAAAUUGCUCAAGAAAGAAAUACCUAUAUAAACAAUAUAAUUCAGAGUAAUAAAAACAUUAAAUUGACACUAUAUCGUUUCCUUGUUUGCCUACACACAGUAGGUGUUUUUUUGUUCUGCUGCUGUAUAAUAGGAGAAAUUGUCGUCAUAAUCAUCCGGCAGCUUUGACAUACGUUUAAUGAUUGUUUGCGCUGUUGCAUCUUCACUAAAUUCAUUCAGCUGAUCCAACAUGCAGGGAUAACUUGACAUUAUCUUCAGAACUGGAAAGAUGCAAAUCAUGGCAUACAUUGUAGAAAAGGAUCUUAACAGACUGAUAGUAAGAUAACACAACAGCCUACAUGUGCAUUAACUAAUUCUGGAAUCCCCUGAAUGGUAGUUUGUUUAGCAAGUUUAUUGAUUAACAAUGAUGUGUAGAAUAUUGUGGGGGAAAUGUGUCAAAUGCAUUUCCUGUUCAGAUGCCAAUUAUUACAACUCCUAUAUGACUGUCUAUAUACAUAACAGUGAAUUUCUAAUUUCUGCAAAGAUAUAGUGUUGGGAGGCAAAGGAUUUAUUUUCUUAGUCAAGAAAGAUUAUGCAUUAAUCCAGACAUAUUGGUUGUUGAAUCUACUAAUGCCUUUAUUUUAGGAACAUGAGUGAAUCAGCACAAACCCUGUCAGGUUAAACACAAAGCCACAGCCUGGUUCUCUCCGCCUGAUAUUUUCAUUGUCUCUCACGUGCGCGCACACACACACACACACACACACACGCACGCACACGCUGAUAUUCAUCUAUUAAACAUGGUCACAACGCCACAGCGUCCAUUUAGUUUUCAAUAGAUCCGAAUGCACGAUCAUUCUGAACCGGGGCAACAAUACAACAAUAAAACACGUAUGAUAAUGCUCUCUGCUUUCUCCCUGCUAUACCGCACGGUCUAUGCGGCUGUUAUUAAUACGCACACACACACACACACACACACACACACACACACACAGAGUGGAUGUUGAACCAGUGUUGGGGCUGAGUGACAGCAGGUCCGGCAUUAUGUAAAUUAGCGGGGUAGUGCGGCGGCAGCGGCGGCCAGAUUAGGACCGUGCUCGGGAUCAGUGAGCCACCGCUGCCCGGGAGAGCAACUAGUGCCUCCGUCUCCCUCCGCUCGCUCUCUCUCACACACACACACACACACACACACACACACACACAUGUUUUGAUGAUACCAGAGUCGAGACUUAAUCGUAUGCAUCCACCGCAGAGCGUUUCUCCGCGGGCACGCGCAGCGCGCUCUGGCCCCGCCCCCACUCACUGAGUUAGACCAGCGCUGUCUCGGAGCGUCGCCCACUCGUGGGGAAUCAGAGACUCCUGGCCCCUGAUACACUGUGUAACACACUGAUUGAAGACCGUUUCCCCGUUUUUUAGUGCAGAGCCGCUGCGGCCGUGCUGGUGGUACAAUGUGGAGGCAGUGCGGCUCUGCUCUGUGCUUGGUUUGGGGUUUACAGAGACCGAGCUGUAAGUAGGUCGGGCUGGGCUUAAGCGGCUUAGCUACGUCAGCCUAAGCUGGGAGGAAUUCAUCCAGAGCCCUCCGCGGUAGGCGGGGGCCUAAACGAGGCUGGCCUAGUUAAGCCUGAUUCUUAUUGUGUGCAGCACAGCCUGUUUUUUGUUGUGCAAUGGAGCUGCGAGGGGAAGCAUGUAGGGAAGAGUAGUGUAUGAUUCCAUGCACAUGUUAGACAUAGCUCAUGUUUGAUUCAGAGAAGAAGAGGAGAAGAAGGCAAAUGAGACAGGUAUGGGAGUUGGACCAGUGGUAGCUUUAUUACUGUGGACCAAGAGGAGCCAGCAGUAGGGACCAAAAAAAAAAGAAGACAGGUGGGAAGCUUAAGAAGCCACAGUAGCGAGUGUGGUUACUGAGGGGUGACAUCCAUAGGCCUGACUCAGUCCGCUAUGCUAUGAGAUGGCGUCCAGCUCUGUGUUUCUGUCGAGUAUGGUGGGUAAAGCUCGCUCCUCCAACUUCACCCUGUCCGAGAAGCUGGACCUGUUGAAGCUGGUCCGACCGCACAUCCGCAUCCUGGAGCAGCACACCAACAAGCACGCGGUCAUCGUGGACAAGAACAAGUGCUGGGACACCGUGGCCGAACAGUACAACGCCCUGGGAGGGGACAGACCCCACCGCACGCCCCAGGGCCUCAGGACCCUCUACAAGAGGCUGAAGGAGUCGGCCAAGCAGGAAGUGAUGCAGCGGAGACACGCCCAACCAGAGUACAGAGCGAGCAUCUCCGAGCCAACCAGGAGAAUUAUGGAGAUGAUCCCUCACCUGUUUCACCAUGUUCCCAUCCACGAAAAGGACCAGGCACUUCGCAGAUUAAUAUACAGCAAGCACAGCUCUCCCAUCGAACCUCCUGGCAGCAGCUCCUCUCUGGCUGGACUCCAGGAUUACUCAGCAGCUGUCCCGAGUAUCCCUCAUGAGGUGGUCCAGCUGGACCCCGAAGAGGAUGUCAAACCACCGCCAGACCUCCCCAUUCUCUCCAUGCACACGGGGCCAGGGCUGGACGGAGGCCAGGAGCAGGAGGGGGAGCAAGACUCGGGCAGUGUCCACGAUUACGAAGCAUCCCUGUCUCCAACAACCUCCUCUGUUAAUAUUCCUCUCUCAACUUCGCCGCUGCCCCUAGGCCAUGACCUCUACCAAAACGACAUUUACCCCCACCACGAGGCCGACAGGUUUCGCCCUCUGCACCUGGCCAAAGAGGAGCACGAGCUGGUGUUAGCCAAUCACAGGAAGGUUGCCCUCUACCUGGAGGAGAAAAGAGAGGGACUGAAGAGGAAGCAGGAACUGGAGGAGGAACUCCUGAGAGCCAAGAUCAAAGUGGAGAAAUUAAAAGUCGCCCGGCUGAGACAUGGACUGCCUAUUCCUCUAUAACAAGCACGAACGCGCACAUUUGUUGGCAGUGUCAGAAAGGGAGAGGCCCUGAGGAGUCCCUGGUUAAUAAACACAUUAUUUUUGUGUUGACAGCCGCAACUUGAAUUUCUUGUGGAAACAUAGUGCCUCGUACAGACACUGAAAUCCUGUGCGAUGCGGCAGAUGAGGCGGACUUGUGUUGCCAUCAUUCCUUACGUAACUCACCAGGGUUAGAAGAUUAUCAUCAUUCCUGCCAUUUUUGUCUGCAGAGGUAACACAACUUGUAGAUAUUUGAGUAACUGACACUGUGAUGGGCCAAAACAGAUGAAAUAAAUGUUCAGAGUCCAGAUUUUGGAAGGGACUAUGUGUUGUAGUGAAUGACUUGUACCUUGUUGGUACGUAUCCUGCCUACGGUGGAUCUGCCACGAAUAUGUAUCUGUGAGAAUGUUAGGAUAUAGCAUUAAUGAUCUUAAUUAUCCAAGAUUGUCUGAAGAUUAUCUGGUAACAGCAUUUACUGCAAUGGUAUACCAGAGUGUGAGGCUCUGCCCUGGUCAUAUGGGGAGAUUGUUUUAUGCCCUAUUGAUUAUUUGUUCAGGAAAUGUCCACCUAAUCUGACAUCUGUAGAAAUCAGAUGCGAUAACGUAUUAGGCAUUCCUGGUGACAGGCAACCCUUGUACCUGAUUUCAGAGGCUCCAGGGUUUGAGCAGAAGUAAAACUUCCAAAGGCCUUAAUUUAAAGUGCUGAUAAUGACAGAUUCAGAAAUGAUCUGGAUUGAUGGCAAGUUCAGUGAACAAAAGAAGGGAGAUGUGGUGUUGGUUUUGUGAUGUUAAUUGUUAUUUAAAGUCUGUGCAGCAUUGAUUCUAUUGUAAUAUUGUUAUACGAGUGUUGUCAGUUUAUUUUACAGUUUGUCCACAUGUUUGCUUAUUUCUAUUAAAAAUAAUU